AUGCCUCCGAAAAAGAGGCAAGCGGCCACUAAAAAUACGAAGAAACGAGUAACCGAAGACGUUAGUGAGAUGGAAACAGACCUCCGUGUGGAGGCGGAUCCGAAUGCAACAAAGACUCGGCGAGACGGCCCAUUCAUUAUUUCCGGAGAACGGGAAAGCAUGGUCUAUGACAAAAUCACCCAAAUGGACAUCCGACCUCCUAAGAAGCUUAAGAUGUCCGAUUUGUAUUUUCUUCAGUUGGAGGAGCGAGUGGUGGAAUAUUUGAGGGCUUUGCGUUUAUACCAAUACGCCACAAUGGAGCAAGACGCCGUGAUCGCUGUGAUCAUGGAGUUCUAUACCACAUUGACGGUGCUCGAUAAAGACAAACGGCUUGCUUGCCGGCUCCAGGGGAAGGAGGUUACAAUUGACUACGCAUUGAUGAAUGAAAUCUUUGGCUUUCCAAAGACCGGGCCGAGUGAGGUGCCUAGCGGACAUUUGAUUACAAGGAUCGCGGAUCACUUUGAUCUCGUAUACGGAGAGGAGACCGUCCAUGUGAAGUGGAUUGAUUCGAGGGAGCUCAUUAGCUCCCAUAUUGCUAUGGAUAGCUCCACACUUCACCCCCAUGAGUCCCGCGAAUGUGUUAUGAACUACUUCAAACGCCACAACUUAGCCGGAGCCGAGAAAGUCGCCAUUGAAGGAGCACCUCCCAAGACGCUCGACCUUCCUUCUCUCGAAGGUCCUCAGCCGACCACCGAGACCGCCAAUGAUGUCCCUUCGAUGUCUGGCUACACUACCAACCCGUGGGACGGGUUCGCCGCGCACGUGACCACACUUUUGAAUCAA